UAGUUUAUGGAUUCGCAAUGGCGGUAUUAUUGACUCAAUGCGCACCUUUGCGUUUCGAUAUAUCUUAUCAUAGUUUGCAUGAUGUAGUCGUACAAAUAUGAAAUUGAAGAUGUAAUGUUCAUUGUUAUGCAACUAGAAUCAAAAUUCAAUAUGAUGUGGUCUGGUAUUUUAUAUAUUCUACCUAUAAUCGGAUUCUUUUAUUGGAAUAAUUUAUUAUGGUGUUAUCUAUUUGGCAUAUUAACUAUAUCUUGCUUUUUCUUGGGAUGUUUAAUUGUUAUGCUCAUAAAUAUUGCUCUUUCUCCAAAACAUCAAACUGGUGCUACUGCUAUGAAAACAAUUGCAGAAAUGGAUGCUUUUCAUAAUUUAUUAAUGAAAGGAUAUGUAAUUAAAGCAACAAAUACUAAGAAAUAUGUUAAAUAUCCAUUAGUUUUUACUCGUAUGGUGGAUGGAGCUUUGCAAAAUUUGUUAGAUUUAGUGUUUCAAGACUUCGUUGGUCUUUGGCUUGAUGAAUUAGCUUUUAAUUCUGAACAAAUAAUAAACAACAUGAAACAAGAUAUAUGGGGAGCAAUUCAAACACUUCAUGAUCGCUUAUCAAAAGUAGAUCACACAAAAUUAGUUGUUUGUAGUAUAGUGAAUAAAAUAACAUUUCAUUUUGAGAAAAUUAGAAUUGCUCAAACUGCUUCGGCACAAGGUGAUGAUCCAGUAUUUAUUUUAUCUACACAUUUAAUGUCGCCUACAGCAGAAUUAGAUUAUUUGAAGAAAGUUAGUGAAUUAUAUAUUUUACUUUUAUUACCACCUUGUUAUUCUCUUGCACCAAUGAAAUAUUUAUUAAGAGAAAUUCUUGCAUGUAAAAUUUUAAAACCUGCAAUAGAUUUAAUAACAAAUCCAGAUUAUAUUAACCAGAAAAUUUUAUCAUAUAUUGAUCAACAACAGCUUGCAGAAGCAAUGCAUAGAAAAACAUAUGAAUAUGCUGAAUCAUUUGAGGAUUUUAUUCGUAUGAUUAAAAGCUCUAAAGAUUUAGAAGUUUUGAAACAUAUUAGAUAUAAUAUUGUUACUGAAAUUAUGCAAGCUACAACAAUACAAAAUAUUAAAAGAGCCCAAGGUUUAGAUCCAGAUAAUAAUGCAUUUGGAAAAUCUGAUGCCAUUCAAGCUCGAAAACUAAAGAGGUACAUCAGUCAAUUGACAUAUGCUAAAAAUACAUGUGAAUGUCACAUGCAAUCAUUAGGAUGGAAUGGAUAUCCUGUACAGGCUAAUGAUGUUACUGAUGCAGCAAUGAUUACAGAAGAAACAAUCUUUCCAUUACAAUAUAUUUUAGAUAAUGUAACAGGUAGACGAUACUUGUCACAAUUCCUUGAACAAGUUGCCAGUCAAGAUUUGAUUGGAUAUUGGGCAGCUGUGCAAGAAUUACGUAAUGCAGAUAAAUCUAAUUGGCAUCAAUUAGGAGCUGAAAUUUUUUACACUUACAUUACAUCUCCAACUGCUGAAAUAAAAAUUGAUCGAACUAUUCGUAAAAGAAUGGAAAGUUUCUUAUUAGGUGAUAAAGGGCCAAAUGUAUUUUAUGAAGUUCAAGAUAACGUUGUUAAAACUCUAGAAGAAAAGUAUUAUCCUUCAUUUGUAGUUAGUGAACAAUAUAAAAAUAUGCAAGAAGCACUUCUUAAUGAAAGAACAGAUGAUUUAGUAGAGGAUCGACGUAUCGGAAAUGGAGCAUUAUCAGAAAAUAUGUCUUUACUUGUUGGCGAACACUCAAACUAUGCUCGUAGUAAAUUGGAUCAACUGAAAGAAAAAUUAAAUAAUAAAAUGCAAGCUUUACAAGCAUUAAAAUCUUCAUUAAAACCAGAAAGCAAGGUUUUAAAUUUUUUGGCCAAAGAAGUUGAAUUGUUACAAAGUGAAAAAAAACAGUUAGAAGCACAUUUAACUCAUACAGAAAUGUGGGCAGAACAUUUAGGUCAUUGGAAAGCAGAAGUACAGAGUGCGGAAAUACCAGAUAAUGGAGAGUCCCCACAAUUUGUUUUGGUUGUUCAUAUGAGAGAAGAUGAAGACAAUAAUGAAAGUAUAUAUAGUGGUUGGGUUGUAUUAAGAAAGUUACAAGAUUUUCAAGAUCUUCACAGAAAACUUCGUCAACUAUGUUCUAAUGUGAAAAAUUUAGAUUUACCAUCACAACCUUUAAAAUUUUUUGGAAAAUCUGAUAAAAAUACUUUAGACAAAGCCAAGAUACAAAUACAAAAAUAUUUAAAUUUUGUUUUAGAAGAUGAAAAACUGAAUCAAAGUGAAGCUUUAUAUACAUUUCUUAGUCCGAGUUCGGAACAUUUGAAAUAUCCUCCUUCUCCCAAAAAAUCACGAUUUUCUUUAUCCACAUUAUUUAAAACAUCAAACAACAAUAAUGAACUUCGUGAUAAAGAAGAAGAAGAAGAUUAUUCAUUACUAUUAGAUGAUACCGAUAGUGCUCGAUCAGCUACAGAUGGAUGCUUGAAUAUUAAUAGAGAUGCAAUAGCAGAACCUCUUUAUACGCUUUUAGGUGAAAUUUUCGAUCUUCGAGGUGUAUUUCGAUGGCUUAGACGUUCAUUAAUUACUUUUGUUCAAAUUACCUAUGGUCGAACUAUAAACAGACAAAUCAGAGAUACUAUUGCAUGGGUGUUCUCAGAACCAAUGCUUCAUUACUACAUACAAUUGUUUACGAAAUCAUGGUGGCCAAAUGGUCAUUUAGUUUCUGAGACAAUUUCUCGUUCAGAUGAAGAAAAACUAAAGACUCGAGGAGAAGCACGAAGACAAUUUUUAAAUAAUAUACCCGAUGUUUUAACAAAUUUAGUAGGAUCACAAAGUGCACAACGUGGUGCAAUUAAGAUUUUUGACUCUUUACAAAAUGUGAAUUUAAAUAAACAAUUAUUUUAUGAUAUCUUUGAAGUUUUGAUGUAUGAAAUAUUUCCAGAAUUUAAAAGAAUACAAUAAAUUUUCAAAUAGUUAUACUUUUUAUAUAUGUUAAAAUUGAAAAGAAUCAUGUUAUUAUAUUUUUAUUAUAUAUGAUUUAUUCAAUUGAAAUUAUUUUGUAUGAUGUAACAUAAAAAUAUAUGACGCAAAUUAUUUAAAAUCUUAUUAAAUAUAAGAAAUCUUAAGAAAUAUUUUUAAUAAAAGUUAAAUAAUAUUAUUAAUUAUUAUUGUAAAAUAUUUAUAUUAUAUAAAAGUAAUGUAAAUUAUGUAAAUUAUUUAUAUAGGAUUUUAAAUAAUAACAAAUGACAUAUAUAUGUAAAAAUGUGUAUUAAUAAUUAAAACAAAUUGAUUGUAACUUUACAAAUUAAUACAAUAUACAUAUUUAUUCAUA